GUUGCAUUUGUUUAUUUUGCUUCCCGUCGCCCAGGUCUCACCGCAGCACGCCUGGUUUCUGUACAAAGGUAGAUUUUGGGUAAUCAUUGGCCUCACAGUCGCUCUGCAUUGCAUAAUUUUUCUAGGCUGUAAUCUCGUUGUCUUCAUGUCCUGGGCCAGCUCGGCCGCCCCUCCAUCCAGCGCUUAGGCAGGCCGCUUGAAAUCACUGCGGGUUCAGAGCCGGCACCACCGGGCGGUAAAAGACCGGGCUGGCGAAUUGGACUGCUUCCACCUUUGGCCUCCGCCCUCACCCGUUGCUCGCCCACCAGCCAACCAGCUGCAGCCAACGCCAGCUAGCCUAGGUUCCAUACAAUUUGGUCGCGCUGCGCCGCACCCCUCUACUCAUCCAUCGCAUUAGCGAUUUGGCUCGACGCACCAUCUGGGCGCAAUUUUGGACAUCAGCAUCACGCCCACCGCCGUUCCCCCCUCGCGAUCAGCCAACUCGCCAAAGCGCCGAUUCCUUUCCAAUCGCUCCAAGACACUCGCUCUCCUUGCUUCGUCCGUCACCCGACCCGCCGAGACAUUCCAACAUCCAGCCAACCUGACCCCACAGGAGACGCUGCCUGCCUGCACGGACCUGAAAACACCACCGCGGCGCCUGCACAAUCACUACCAUCACUACCACAACCCACCACACCCCUCCGCCGACUUCCACCCAGCCCACCUGCCGUCCCACGAUACCAGAACCAUCUGGAUCACCGGGGCCAUGGGAGGCAGGUAGACGAGGGGACCAUGAUCUAGAAAGGACCCUUUCUCCGCCGACGCUGGAUCACGAUGCUCAUGACACAGACCGCGGUGUCGGCUCUUGGUCAGGCUCAGAACUCAUCCGCUCCAAUCUCCUCAUCGGCUCGCCUUUCGCGAGCAACACAUUCCCAAUCGUCGCGGCAGCCGUUACCAGGCGACUACGACAGCGAUUUCCACCGAUCCCACCACGCAACGCGUCCCCCGACGGCGCACAUGAAUGGCAUCAUGGGGACGGCGCCUCCCGGCUCUAUGUACGUCCGUGCUUUGUACGACUACGAAGCAGACGACCGUACCAGUCUAAGCUUCCACGAGGGCGAUGUCAUCCAGGUCAUCACACAGCUUGAGAGCGGCUGGUGGGAUGGCGUCAUCAAUGGUGUUCGCGGCUGGUUCCCGAGCAAUUAUUGCCAGAUAAUCGACGACUUUCCCGAGCCCGAACAGAACGGAGUUAGCGAAAAUGUCGACGAAGAGCCCGAGGAGGAUGUUUACGAGGAAAGCUUCGAUGAAGAAGAGGAGGAAGACGAUGACUUGGACGGCACCGGCGUCGUGCCCCUGGAGAAGCCCGACUCUGGCACCAGCAAGUCUGGAGCCGACUUUUGGAUACCGCAGGCGACGCCCGAUGGCAGACUUUUUUACUACAACACCAUGACUGGCGAGACUAGCGUCGAGCUGCCCCUAGAGUCGCCCACAUCGCUCGGCGAAACUGGGCCCCGUGAUCGCAUGAAUGUUAACAUCCCCGAGAAGACGCGCCCGCCACCAGAGAUGAUGGCGCGGGGCCUCACGCAGGAUGAAGAUGACGACUCCGAUGUUAAUUCCGCCUCGGAGCUCGAGGGCGAAUCCAUCAUGCUGGGCGGUCCCAGCCGUGCCAUGCAGCCCCGCAACCGAAGGUCGAACCCGAACGACAUCCUCUCUCCGUCUGCAUCUAUGGAUUCGAUGAAUGGCCAGACACCCGUAGUCCGGGGCCGGAACGAGAUGUUCAACGGAGCGAGCAACAAUCUCAACCCGACACCAAUGAUUGCCUCUGCCACAUCCUUUUCGACUUUCAACCUCCCUAGCGCCGCCAAUAUACCCCGCUCAUUCUUCGACGACGGAAGCACUCCGCCCCUCACAUGGGCUCGCCUGGUGAACAGCAUGAAGAGGUCCAUAGAGCGGUACCGUGAGGCCAUAAAGAGCAACAACAGGUCCGAGUACGUUGCGCGCGCCGAGGAUAUCUCUGACCACCUCCGCCUCCUCCUGGCAGCGGGCUCCGGCACCACCGACAACCACUCGGGCCAACCGUCCAUAAUCUCAACCAACAAGGCCCUUUACCCACACUUCCGCGACAUGAUGUCGAAGUUCUCCAAGCUCGUCAUAUCCUCACAUAUUGCCGCGGCCGACUGGCCCAACGCAGAGUCUGUCCAAAAGUGCCUCCAGGAGUCGGACGGGGUUCUUCUCGGGGUGUUCAGCUACGUCGAAGUGGCAAGGCAACAGAGGGGGGAGGAGAUCCCCCGGCUCUUCCCCGGAUUCGUCAUCGGCAGCACUGCUGGGGGGAGCUGGCAGAACAACGGCCUCGGCGGCCGCGACCCCAUUACUGCGAACUUCCUGGACGACGACGAAGGGGCAGUAGAGCCCACCGCAGUCCUUGACGGCAAGCUCCUCGAGAGACUGGAUGAGCUCAAGAGGAUGCUGGUCUCUAGCAUACGCGAGCUGGACAAGAGCCUGGUAGUCACCGACAAGGUCGUUGUCCCCUACCGCCACGAAGUGAUUGGCAACAACGUCUGCUCUGCAGGAGGCAAGGUGCUGGAAACUUUCAAGCCGUGGAUCGCAAUGAUCGAGUCGAUCGACCUGUCCUCGCUCGGCAACACGUUCCAAACACCUCAGCUGUCGGAUUUUAGCACCAACAAGCAAAGUCUAUAUGACAACAUAUCCGACUUGAUCCUUGGCUGCCAGGCGGUUGCAGGACCCCUCGCCGACGAGUGGUCCGAGGUUCGGGGCGAGGCGUUGGAGAACAGGCUUGAGUAUGUGCGACAGUGUGGAAGGGCUCUCGAGACCAAUUCGUCUCACAUUGGUUUCUCGCUGCAGCUCCUGUCAGAGCAGGUCCAAUUCAACACCCAGCAGCAGAUGGAGGCGCGGGCGCAGGAGAACCAGUUCCAGCGCGAACCUCCUAGGCGUACAGAAACGAUGCCAUACCAGCCCUCCCACCAGCGAACCGAGUCUCAACGAACUGAGCCUCGAGUCACCGCUCCGCAGCGGCCACCCUUUAUGCAGUCGCAGUCUUUCACCGAUGGAGAUCCCGUGCCCAACCCGACCUUCCGACAGGUCGGAAACUCCGCCAAGCUCAAGAAGCUGCUGGGCGAGGACCCCUCGCCACAGACACAGGCGGACGACACACCGGAUUUCCUCCGUUUGGAUUACGAAGAGGACAUAUCUUGGGAUACCAAGCCGGAGUCACCCACAGUCAAGGGCGGAUCACUCCUCGCCCUUGUGGAACAGCUAACACGUCACGACAAGCUCGAUUCGAGCUUCAACAACACCUUCUUAUUGACGUAUCGCUCCUUUACCACGGCCCGGGAGCUCUUCGAGCUUCUGGUCAAGAGGUUUGGGAUACAGCCUCCCGAAGGGCUUAGCCAAGCGGACUUUGAGGUUUGGAGAGAAAGGAAACAGAAAUUGAUUCGUUUCCGCGUCGUCAACAUUAUGAAGAGCUGGUUCGAUAACUUCUGGAUGGAGGAUUCGAGCCUAGACGAGACGAAGCAACUGAUCCGUGACGUCUACACGUUCGCCCGAGAUACGGUCAGGUCGACCGAGACGCCGGGCUCGGCGCCGCUUAUGACCCUGCUGGACCAGCGGCUGAGCGGCAAGGAGGCAGGGGCUCGGCGCCUGAUCCAGAACCCGAACCAGCCCACGCCGCCACCAAUCAUGCCCAAGAACAUGAAGAAACUCAAGUUCCUUGAUAUCGAUCCGAUCGAGUUCGCGCGACAGCUCACCAUCAUCGAAUCCAGGCUGUAUGCCAAGAUCAAGCCCACCGAAUGCCUGAAUAAGACGUGGCAGAAGAAGAUCCCAGAGGGCGCGCCCGAGGCAGCGCCUAACGUGAAGGCCCUCAUUCUGCACUCCAACCAGAUGACGAACUGGGUGGCCGAGAUGAUUCUGGCACAGUCCGAUCCGAAGAAGCGAGGAGUGGUCAUCAAGCACUUUGUGACAGUGGCUGACAAAUGCCGUGCCCUGAACAAUUUCUCAACAUUGACGUCCAUCAUAUCUGCUCUCGGAACUGCGCCCAUUGCGCGCCUCAAGAGGACAUGGGAUAUUGUCACCCAGAGGACAUCAACGACACUAGAGACGAUGCGGCGACUGAUGGCAAGCACUAAGAAUUUCGGAGAAUACCGAGAGGCACUCCACGCGUCGAACCCACCCUGUAUACCCUUCUUCGGUGUCUACCUCACGGACCUGACCUUUAUCGAGGACGGCAUACCCUCGAUUAUCAAGAAAACCAACUUGAUAAACUUUGCCAAGCGCGCAAAGACGGCAGAAGUGAUACGCGACAUCCAGCAGUAUCAAAACGUCGCGUACUCGCUGCAGCCAGUGAACGAGCUACAGGACUACAUUCUUAGCAACAUGCAAGCUGCCGGCGACGUGCACGAGAUGUAUGACAAGAGUCUACAGGUGGAGCCUCGCGAGCGUGAAGAUGAGAAGAUUGUGAGGGUUUUGGCCGAGUCCGGCUUCCUAUGAGCGACUUAUCCCCCUUCGACACGGGCAGCGCGCACACGGGAUACACCCACGUAGCCGUGCACUAAAAAAACAAACGCACACGUCUCCAAACAACAAGGCGAAUAGCCACCGCUGUAGGCCUCGUCGGCCCAUGGCCGAGAGGUGCACACGGGGCUCCUGCAAGAGACGCUCUAAUGACUAUUCCGGGCAAGCCCUUGUUUGUAUGUACAUAAGUCUCUUCCACAGCCUUUUGUUGACGAUCACGAUGACCGCGGCGUUCAUGGAGCAAGGAGAAAAGACAAGGGCGAGCUCAUGGUGACGACAGAGAAAAGCACUGGCCAAGGUCUGGAUGCACACGGGACAGGGCAGGGCAGUACGGCAGAGACGACGGGCCGGAGGCUGCGAGGCUGGCCUGGAUGAUAUCGCCGAUGCUGCUACCCCCUUCUGGGGCGGGUCAGGCCCUUGGUAAUUCGAAGCGGGACAGGCGGUAGACUUGAUUGGAUUGGCCCGCGUUGGGCUGGGUUUCUGGGAGGCUUGGAUGAAGGGGAAUCAAGGCCCUGGUGGGAAGGGCAAUAGACCGUCCGCCAAGCGUCAGGCAGGCCAGGACAGCUGCCCGGUCCAUGGAUAAGCACGCGCAGAUUUCGUUCGACGGCAUUUAGCGGACGGUGUUGGUCGUGUCAUUUGCAAGGCAGCGUCGAUAUAUACAAGUCAUCUCGUCGCUUCGUGAUUCAAGUAAAGUAGGUAGCUAUAUCAGCUACGGUGGUGAUUGUGUGCGUGGGAUAUCUGAUGGUCAUAUAAAUAAAAAAACAAGCAAGAAAAACCGAUGCAGGAUGCCAGAGGAAGAAAAUGGACAUAAAAAAAAGGAAAAGAAAAAGAGGUGAACAGAAAACCGCAAGAGGAACGAACACUAAGCUUAGUCCGCCCGAUCGUC